GCAAAAUUCAAGAUGGAGGAUUGGGUGCAGUUAGUGGACAUAACAUCUUUGUUCCAUAAACAUUUCUAAAUUGUUUAUUUUAAAUAUCUAUGUUUAUUCAAAUAACAUUUAUGAAAACGUUUUAUGAUAAAAUCGUUAUUUUAUUAUAUAAUGUACAUGAUACGUUUUCAUUGUGUCAUUUGAGAAAAACAGGUACUUUUUUAAAAAAAGUUUAUAUUCAAUAAUGUAUUACGUCAUAUUGAAUACAAAAUCAUUGUGUCAAGUUAAUUAAGUGCAAUUAAAGUCAGUAUUUAUAAAAAAUAGUGCUAGAAAUGUCUAGAUUCGUUUGCGUAUGAGGUUCAGCUAAUAAAAAAAAAAAAAUCAAAAUGGCGACACUCAUUGACAACUACGAGCAACAAUACGCGAUUUUGACAGCUGACAUAACUGCCAAAAUUGGUAGAAUAUCAGUUUUAAAUGGCAGUGAGAAAAGGCCAUUUAUUCAAGAUGUUGAUCGAGAACUUGAAGAAGCACAAGAGCUGCUUGAGCAAAUGGAAUUGGAAGUACGUGGUGUCUCAGGCUCAGCAAGAGAUCGUCUCCGUGGUAGAGUCGAGAGUCAUAGAGCAGAACUCAAAAGAUUAACACAAGAAUUUGAAUUAUCAAAGAAUCCAAAAAAUGAAGUCAUCGAUUUGGGUAUGGAAGAGAUAUGGGACAAUGGAAUAACUGAAGAGCAAAGAAAAAGAUUACUCGACGCUUCAGAGAGAAUAGAUCGUACUGGAAGAACUUUACAAAAUGGUUAUCGAAUGGUUCUUGAGACCGAAGAAAUUGGUACUCAAGUUUUAAAAGAUCUUCACGACCAAAGAGAAACAAUUCAAAGAAGCAGAGGAAGGUUACGAGAUACAGAUGCAGAACUUGGACGUGGAUCUCGUCUAUUGUCUGGAAUGAUAUUCAGGGCUCUUCAACAGAGGCUAAUCUUGGCUGGUGUUACACUUGUAUUAAUAUUUGUAGGUUGUUUUGUUAUUUAUUAUAGUUUUAAGAGUUAAAUUAUUGUGCCUCGACUGAUAAAUCCAAAAAAAAAAAUGGAGUUAACCAAGGAUUGAAUCCUACCUCCUAUUUUGGUGUUCCGCGUUUUAAUGUACUCUUGUCUAUAAAGUCAAAGUAAUUUGCGAAGCAAUGCUUCAGCAAAAGUGACUCUUCAAUUUAUUUAUAGAAUCACGUCACUACAACUGACAAGACAAACACGUGACACAUUAUAUGUAUCAUGAACUUGGACAUUUGCCAUCUACGUCGAGUAAAUGGUAUUUCUUAAAGUUAUUGAAUAAGAGGGUUGAAAAACCCUCUAAAUUGUCCCCUUUUUUUUAAAGAAAUGAGUGGACUGAAAAUUUCAAAAGUUAAACUCGUCAUUUAAUUGACGACUCUAGUCAUUUUACAUUCCUAUUUAGUAUUUAAAAAGAAAUUUCAACUAAUAAAUUGUUCCCAAUUAUCUUAAGUUUCCUGUUAAAAAAAUAAACAGUUGGAAAGUAAAAAAUUCCCUUAAAUCUUGUGGAUGUUUUUAUUUAUUUUUUUUUUUUAUUCAACAGUGUCUGUUUUCUUUUCAUAAAAAAUGUAAUCACUUCUCGCGAUAAAUACAUGAUCGUUUCACUAUUUAAUUACGCUAAUGCACUUCACUAUUUAAAACUACACUUUCAAACGCACUUUUUUAAAAUUUUUUUUUGGAGAUACAUACUUGAGUAAAAAGAGUACUUCUGUGUUUUUUUUUUUUGUACAUAACUGACGUGAAUGGAAGAAAAAGGAAGGCGAAAAAUUAAUUGUAAAUAAGACGUUGAUGGUUAUUUGUGAAUGUAUAAUGUAAUUUGUAAAAGAAAUAAGCAAGCUUAUAACAAUAUCUCGAUUUUAUUAUUAUCUAUCACGUUAUUAUCAGAAGCCUUAAUGGCAUUCUUUUUGUGAUCGUCUCACGACGCUAUGUACCGAUGAGGAAGAAAAAAAAAGAUAUAAUAAAAAGAUAUAUAUCAGAA